AUGGCGACUAAUCACUACGAAGAUCUCAGAUCGCAAUAUCAAUGGACUCACAAACCUCUCAUCGCGUCCGCUCCCAUGCGGAUGAUAGCGACCUGUCCUCUCGCCCUUGCCGUAUCCCGAGCAGGAGGUCUGGGAUUUCUCGGUGCAGGCACCGAUGUAUCUACUCUACCAAACCUACUAUCCGAAGCCAAAACUGCCCUUGAAGCCUCUCCGGUACCAAAGAGCUCCGAAGAUAUUCUGCCUAUUGGCGUUGGCUUCAUAUGUUGGGGAGCCGACCUUCCAUUAGCUCUUUCGGCGAUCGAAAGUGCUCCUCUAAAACCGGCAGCAGCAUGGCUUUUUGCACCAAGAGAUAACGAGGAGCUUGUCAGGUGGACAGAGGGUAUUCGCAAGGCUAGCAACGAAAAGACCAAGAUCUGGAUCCAGGUCGGUACCGUAGCGGCCGCACUUGAAGCUGCCAGGACAUGCAAUCCAGAUGUCUUGGUUAUCCAAGGUGCUGAUGCAGGUGGCCAUGGACUUGUCCAGUCCAGUUCCCUCAUUGCUCUGUUUCCAGAAUGCCAAGAUGCGUUGGUCGGCGCAGGAUUCAAAAGUAUACCGCUCAUUGCCACAGGAGGUAUCAUGGACGGGAGAGGAGUGGCUGCUGCGUUGACCCUGGGAGCAAGUGGUGUGUGUAUGGGAACUCGAUUCCUGGCUAGUCCUGAAGCUGUAAUUAGCGAAGGAUACAGAAAAGCUGUGGUUGAAGCUUCCGAUGGAGGAGUGACGACUGCGAGAACAACCGUAUACGACAAAGCGAGAGGGACACACGGCUGGCCUGAUACUUACAAUGCGAGGGGGGUACUGAAUCAGAGUUUUUGGGAUAGUCAAAGGGGAAUGAGCGAGGAGGAGAACAGGAAGCUGUACGAGGAAGCUGUGCAGAUGGGCGAUGAGGGCUGGGGCGAGAAGGGAAGGAUGACAACGUAUGCAGGGGCAGGUGUGGGACUGGCCACGAAGGUUAUGCCAGCUGGUGAAAUAGUCCAAGAAGUCUUGAGAGACUAUAUAGAGCGCCUUGGAGAGAUAAGUAGCCAAUUUUUGAGUGUGCAGUAA